CUAAUAAUUAAUUUCAUAUUCUUAUUUGUAUAAAAUAUUAAAUUAUCAUUGAAUUUUAAAUUUCGCGCUUUACCGACGGGUAAUAAGUAUCUUCUUAGCUACCAUCAACGGCCGCAAAGCAUAAUCGUAAGAGUGUAUAGUGGGGAGAGCGCGUGGUGGGGUUAUCUCCAUAAGUAUUGUGCAACAUAGCAGAUGAGCACAUUCAGCUUACAGCACACGAUUGAGAUGGAGAACCAGCGGUGUGAGUGCUACAACUGCCUGAUGAGGAUGGUGUCGCAAUACAAUUUGCAGCACCCGGGUCAAGAGGUACCGCUCCAACCAAUGCCCCCAAGGUACCUAUGGCACAGGCCAGAGACGCCACCACUUCAGCCGAGGUCGCCGACACCACCUACACCAGAGGCAACACCGACGCCAUCACCAGAGCCCAGGUCGCCGGAAGUGAGGUCUCCAACGCCUCCCAGGUACCCGUGGCAUCGGCCAGAGACGCCACCACCCUAUGUGGUGCUGGGGACGCCACCUACACCAGAGGCGCAGCGAACAGCGUCACAGCAGCCCAGGUCGCCAACACCACCUCCACCAGAGGCGCAGCGAACAGCGUCACCUCGGGCGCCGACACCUCCGCAUGGAGGUCGUCGAGAACGACGUCGCCGCCGUCGACGCGUCGUUAUAAAAAUUGUAAUAAAUAAUUAUAUUAAUAAUUAACAAAUACAGAAGGUAUAUUUUAUAAAAAUAAGCGUGUAUUUAUUAAUAUGGUACGUUAGGGUAAAUUGUAUAAUGCAUGUGUGAAUGUUAUAGUAGCGGUAGAAUUGAUGAAAAUUGAGGUGGUGUGUAAUCACGCAUGUGUGUAAAAGUAUGAGUAGGGGUAAAUGGUCUGCUGUGCAUGUGCAAAGAUAGUGUUAUUGUUAUGUUCUUUUUUUUUGCGUUCUCUUAAAUUAUAAUUUAGCUUUUAAGUGCUUUAGUUUGUAAGUGAGUUUUAACUAUUUUUUUUCAUUAUUGAUUCAUUAUUGAUUCAUUGUUGAUUCAUUAUUGUAUAGCAGUAAAAACAUUAAGAAUUAUUUUGACUUACCGAAAAAUUUGAGUAAUCGCGCUUUACCUUAUCGAGAGUUGACUGUAUUUUCUUUUGGUUCGGUUUGUUUAUUUCAUGUUUUUAUGUUGUGAGGUUCGACAAGUUCAAUUUUUCUUUUGUUUUCUCUUACCUCUGCAAACCUCAAUCGUAUCCUCUCAACAUUUGUUAGGCCAUCGUUGGACUCCAUCCGUGGUGGACUUUUUUUCAAUGGAUUUUUCAAACCUUUUCCAUCAGUCAAAUUCUGAGCUGUGAGAUUUCGGUAUAGUUCUACAUCUCUCUAUAGGUUUAUUAGGCUUCUACUUACCUUUGGAAUUUAAGAAUUCUUUUUAUGUUCCAAUUAAAAUAAAUAUUUCCCUCUGUUUGGAAUAAUCCUGGAAGGUUUGGAUCAUACUCCAUUUCAUCAAUAUUUUUAAACAGUCCAUAUUAAUUUAUUAUUAAUUCAUUAUUGAUUCAUUGUUGAUUCAUUAUUGAUUC